GAUAAGAUCUUCCCCGCAACGCAGAGAUAGCAUGAAAGGGCAUGGAAACACUUCGUACACAGGCAGAUAGAAUAUAAUAUUGUCUUCUCCUCCUUUCCAUAGUUUGGUAUGCAAGCUCUCUCUCUCGUCGAUCGCUGCUUUUAAGGAUGCAUCGUGUGGCGUACUUAUCAUCCAUCUUCGCUCUUACCUGUAGCGCCAGGGAAAUAGUCUUCCCAUCAGUUGCUGGAAUUUCAGGCAACUCUCACCAGGUUCCCGUUGAAUUGACAGAAACUGUUGACAUUGUCACUGGGAGUCAGUUCUCAGGUCUGACGACAUUUGCGCACCUACCAUAUGUCAAUUGCUUCGUAGACACCGAGGCGGAGAACAAUAGCUAUGACAUUGCAUUUUUGGGUGCUCCAUUUGACACGGGUGUAACUGCCCGCCCUGGAGCACGAUAUGGCCCAGGAGGCAUCAGAUUAGGGUCCAGACGGAUGGGCGGUUGGAGCAUCUUUACCGGCGUAAAUCCUUUUGACGAUUGGGCAAAGGUGGUCGACUGCGGAGAUGCACCCCUGACUUUUCUGGACAACACGGUGGCUCUCAAGCAGCUCGAUCUGGCUCAUAAGGUGAUCUCUUCUCGACCAGCAACAGCAAGCAAUACAUCGCCUGUUCCUCGGAUCAUCACCCUCGGGGGAGAUCAUACAACGACCCUAUCAGCACUCAGAUCGACCUAUGAAAAAUGGGGCCCUGUGUCUGUUGUUCAUUUCGAUAGCCACAUAGAUACUUGGGACCCUGAUGUGUUAGGAGGCGGCAUAUCCCAUUACGCUGGUGUCAACCAUGGUACCUUUCUUCACAUUGCACAUGAAGAGGGUCUGAUCAGCAACUCAUCCCUUCACGUCGGAAUUCGUGCGCCAAUGAUUCGUCGCAAGGGUGAUGUCCGCAAUGAUAUACGUUGCGGGUUCCAAAUCGUCACUGCUCGUGACAUCGACCGGUUCGGCAUAGACGGGAUGGUUGAGAAGAUCAGAAAUCGCGUUGGACAUAAUAGAGUCUAUAUUUCCGUCGACAUCGACGUUCUGGACCCGUCGUAUGCUCCUGCUACUGGCACAGCAGAGCCCGGUGGAUUCACCACUCGUGAACUGCUGAGCAUUCUGGACGGUUUGAGUGGGCUUCCCGUUAUAGGUGCCGAUGUUGUCGAGGUCGCUCCCAUUUAUGACAAUGCAGGCGAGACGACUACUCUUGCUGCUGCCGAAGUGGCGCGUUCCUUGCUAACGUUGAUGAUUGAGGAACCUGUUAUCCCUUAACGGAGCCAGUAAAGCGAUUGGAGGAGACAGCUUGAACUUCUGGUCCAAUUCUGGAGUGCUGCGGAUCAAGUAAAUACGAACUAUUGCAGAUAUAAAGACACAUUAUCGCUCUCCAUACAGCAUAGUCGUAUGCCAUCAGAGAUUCUUGCACAAUUGCAAUACAAAAAGCCACCGG